AUGGGUGAUGUUCAUAUUCAAAAUCAUCAACAACAAUCCAUUUUGCUACAAAAUUCUCACAAAAACAAACAACAAAGAUCCAUUAUCAUUCCAUCAUCUCCAUCGUUUCUUGACCAACAAGAAACCGAUUUUUUCUCAAUGCUGCAACUCAACAGCACUUCUUCACCUCGCCACCGUCACAAAACCUCCACCAAACGUCGUUCAAUGGCGUCAUCUUCCUCCGAACGACGUGCCAAGAAGCAUUCUUUUGACCAAGAUGAUCUCACCAACAAUGGCUUCUCUGCCAUUUCACUUCCUUUUAGUGUUUGUGGUAAUGAUCUUCGUCGCUGUGUCUCCACACCGGAGAAGACUACUGCACCGCCGGAGCAGUCCAAUUUACCGGCGGUGAAAGAGGCUGGUUUGCCGCCUUUGGCUCUGAGUCUAAGGAGAUCUUUGUCUGCUGAUGUUUCUCAAGCUUUGGACACGCCUUUGCCGCCGAAUCUAAGGAGAUCUUUGUCUGCUGAUGUUUCCCAAGCUUUGAACACUGAGGAAACUACUACAGUUGAUUCAUUGAGGCUAAAAAGGAUGAAGGAUCGUUUGAGAGAAAUGCGACAAUGGUGGGAUGAACUAAUGAAUGAAGAGGAGGAAAAAGUAGAAGAACAGCAAGAAGAAGUAGAAGAACUAGAACAAAAAGAGGAAUCUCCUGUUUCUGAAGAGGAAAAAGUUCUAUCUCAGUUACAAAUUACAAAACCGCAAUCUCCUGUUGCUGAAGAGUACAAUGACUUACCUCAGGAUGGAUGUUGUGAAGAUUUUGAAGAAGCUGUGAGUGUAGAGUGGGCUGAAAAAUGCAUAAGCCUUACUUUCAAGUGUCCAUGUGGCAAGGGCUAUGAGUUGGAUCCUUGGGCGAUGAUAACAAGUUUAAUGUUGGAUAGUGUUCAGAAUAUUGAUCCUGUUGUGAGUAUUCUUGAGUAUGUCGCCGUUGCGGUUAGUUAUGCUUAG